AUGCGAGGAGGAUUUACAAGACAAGGACGCAGGUUGGCUCUUCUCGAUGAUGAUGAAGAAAAUGCUCAUGAGGGAGAAAUUCAUGUCGAAGAGGAAGAAGUGGAGGAAAAUGAUACAGUGAGCGGAAAUGGUACAGUUAAGGACCAUCCUACACAUGAUCAAGAAGGUCGUAUAUUCAUUCAUCUCAGGAAUGAUGGAUUAUUGCACCCUUCCAGAGCUGUGGCGAACAUAUUGAAUGAUAUUUUCCAAAAUAUAGUGCACCCAACCGCAUUCUCACAAGCAACUCUUGAUGAUUCAUGCAUUGAAUCCUAUUGGCAAGAAUUUAAGGUCCAUGCCAAUAUUGAGAACUAUAAUCAAGAUCUUGCCAAAGGUGCUUUUCGUACAAGAUGCAAGCGUAAGUAUGGCAAUCAUAUCUACAGACUGAAAAAUAGGAAAAGAAAGCCUGCUUACUUCAUGGAUGCAUUGUGGGAAGACUACACUAAAGCGUGGAAGAUGGCUGCAUCUAUCAAGGUUUCCGAGAGAUGCUCGAAGAACCGUAAACAAGGAUAUGAGAAAGCUCCCGGCACACAUUAUAACGGAUCUGUUUCAUUUGCCAUUACAGUGGAAAAGAUGAUUAAAGAGAAUAAUGGGAAGAUGCCUAAACUGAAAAAUAGGAAAAGAAAGCCUGCUUACUUCACGGAUGCAUUGUGGGAAGACUACACUAAAGCAUGGAAUACGGCUGCGUCUAUCAAGGUUUCCGAGAGAUGCUCGAAGAAUCGUAAACAAGGAUAUGAGAAAGCCCCCGGCACACAUUGUAACGGAUCUGUUUCAUUUGACGUUACAGUGGAAAAGAUGAUUAAAGAGAAUAAUGGGAAGAUGCCUAAGUUUGUAGAAUUUUAUAUAAGGGUUCACACGCGAAGAGGCAAAGAUUCACCGGGGGAGUUGUGUUCGCAGCGCGCCAUAGAAAAAAUGGAGCAAGUUAAGGCAAGAGCCGAUGAGUUGCGGGCUGCUGGGGAAGUAGAUCCAGAUUUUGAUCGCAUUUACCUUGACCUUUUUGUGAAGAAUAUGAAGAGAAAACAAAUUCCCGGAGCUGGACAGGCCACAAGCAUUUAUUUCGCUGAUGCUAGCAGUUCGUCCACUGGGGGCUCAGGCGUUAGCACGGAAGAGUUACAAGCAAUGCGAGAACAAAUCACAAUUGAGAUGCGCGCGGAGCAGGAGCAGCGAUAUGCGGAGCUGGAGAUGCAAAAUGCAGCGUUGAAAGCGGAGCUGGAUAGUCAAAGUGCAGAGCGUGAUGCUGCUUUAGCGCGUCAAAAAAUGGAGUUACGCGCUGAAUUUGAGAAAGAAAAUGAGAGGAUGUUAGAACUAUUGUUGGAUCUUACUAAAAAGGUUAACCGAAUUAGUAAAAACUGAAAGUGUAAGUUUUGAACUAUUGUUUUGUUUUAGAACUAUUGUUGGAUUUAAUGUAAGU